AUGAAGAUUUCUCCACAUUGUUUGGUUUCUCUAUUUACAAUCAUCCUUUUGUCGGGAUUCGCCUCGUCUCUCCACAUCUCUCUUGAUGCGUUUGUGUCAGUGUCACACCCAGCCACAAGCCGAGCUCUUCUUCGGGCAAAGAAACCAUGCAAAGAAGAUUUUGCAAGCAAGGAUUACACAAUCUUAACGAGUAGAUGCAAAGGACCAAAGUAUCAAGCCAAGGCAUGUUGCUCGGCCUUCAAGGACUUUGCAUGCCCAUACGCGGAAAUUAUUAGCGAUGAAACGACACUAUGUGCUGCCGAAAUGUUCUGCUACAUCCAACUCUAUGGACGUUAUCCUCUGGGCAUAUUCGCAAACAUGUGUAAGGAAGGCAAAGAAGGGCUUGAUUGCACCAACGUCAAGGCCACCUCUGCGUCUUCUCGUGCAUAACUCCCACUUGUUUCCACACACGCAUUGCUUUUCACCGUUAUCUUGGUUUGCCUUUUCUAAAGACAUGUAUAAAUGUUAC